GGGGCCGCCCUGCCCGCCACCGGCCGCCACCGCAAGCGCCGACGGACUUGCAGCAAAUCCGAGGGGCCUCGCCCUCCUCCUCCGCCCCCUGCCGCCACCGAGAAACCGGCGAAACCCUCCGGGAAAGCGGCGCAGCGGCCGCGGCACCAGGUGCGCAAGUUCCAGUACGGGAAUUACUGCAAAUACUACGGGUACCGCAACCCGGACGUGGAGGACGCGCGGCUGCGGGGCAACGUGGGGCACCUGACGCUGAGCAUCGCCAAGCGCUGGGCGCCCGCCCGCGUGGUGGGGCUGGACAUUGACGGGCGGCUGAUCCGCUCGGCCCGCCAGAACAUCCGGGGGGGGAACGUGGUGUUCGUCACGGGGAACUACGUGCCGGAGCGGGAGGAGGCCGUGGGGGCGCAGCGCCCCGAGUUCGACGUGGUGCUGCUGCUGUCCCUCACCAAGUGGGUGCAGCUCAACUGGGGCGACGAGGGGCUCAAGCGGCUCUUCCGGAGGGCGUUCCGGCACCUGCGGCCCGGGGGGCUGCUGCUGCUGGAGCCCCAGCCCUGGGAGUCCUACCGCAAGCGCAAGGGGCUCACCGAGACGACGUACCGGAACUACCAGCGGAUCCGGCUGCGGCCCGAGCAGUUCCCCGCGUACCUGACCUCGCCCGAGGUGGGGUUCGAGCGCUGCGAGCUGCUGGGGACCCCCCAGCACAGCUCCAAAGGUAGGGGGGACCCCAAAAUCCCGGGGGGGGACCCUGAGUCCCAGAGCUGAGACCCCGAAUCUCAGGGUGGAGAUACCAAAUAGCAGAGUCAGGACCCGAAAUCCCAGAGUGGGGACAGUAAAUCUGAAUCAGGACCCCAGAUCUCAAGAGUUGAGAUUCCCAAAUCUCAGGGUCAGAGCCCAGAAUCUCAGGGUGGGGACCCCGAAUCCCAGAGUUGAGACCCAAAAUCCCAGAGUCAGGACCCCAAAUCCCAGGGGGGCCCCACAGCUGGGCAGGACCCCAAAUCCCAGAGCUGAAAUCCCAAAUCUCAGAGUCAGCACCCUGACUCACCAAGGUGGGGACCCAAAUCCCAGAGUGGGGACCCCGAAUCCGAGCGAGGUUUUAGGGG